AUGCUAGCACUCGCGAUUCCUCCCUUCCUGCUACUCCUCACCUCACCCAUUUCACCCGUCUUUUCGCUCUCAAACCGCCUCACUCGCGCACACGAUGCUUCCAAGCUCCUGGCGAUGCGAACUGCUCUCCGCGACCCACCGUCGAGCACGCCGACACUAUGCGCGGCUCGCGCCUGGGCAGCUUCCCAAGGUCCAGACCUCUUCGUCCCUUUGACUUGUUCAAAAGCUGAGGGUGGUCCCCGUUGUGCCUUCGCUUCCCUCUGUCCGCAACACUCUCGAACGCUCUCUUGCACGCUCGACACGCUCGUUUCUAACCACGGGUCUAUACACGCGACUCUCGACUGCACCGCUUCCUCGCUUCCUCGACCGGCCCCCCGUCUCAAACGCUCUUAUCGCGCCGACCGGUCGGCCGAGCUUCACUCGCUCUCCAGCACAGAACAGCACUCACUCGACGACCCCCUCCUCUCCUCGGCACCGCACACCCCCCUCGCACAGACGAUGUCCCCUCCCCUCCUCCCACCCGAACUGAUCUCCGACAUCCUCGACACCUUCCUCCUCCUCUCCCCCUCUCACGCCCUUCGAACGCCCAACCUAGCCCGCUUCGCACGCGUUAACCGCACUUGGAACGCCGUCUCGAUCCCGCUCCUCUAUCGGAACAUCUACCUCGAUUCGCGCACGAGGGAGGGCGUGUUGGAUGCGUUUGAGGCGAAUCCGGACCUCCCGAAACGGGUGAGGCACCUUACCCUCUCUGGUGGGAAGCUCGACGCGGAGGAGUUCAAGAGGUUGCUGGACGUCCUCGCCGCCUGCAAGGGCGUGACACACCUCUCGUACCACUGCUUCGACCCCUCCCUCCUCGAAGACUUGACGGACUUCGUCGCGAGUCAGUGGCCGGGACUGCGGUACCUGAGGGCAGACCAGUCCCAUGCGUUGUACAGCCUGUUGGCGAGGUUACCGGACCUUGAGACGCUCAUUGCGAGUUAUAUCGAGUUCCCUACGCCUGGCGUACCCGCCUCGCCUCCGGCACGCGUCUCGACCCCCUCCCCUCCUUCCUCCGGUCGUUCAUCCCCCUCUCCCUCCCCCUCGUCGCACCCCGUACGCCCAACAUUCCGCCUCAAGCGCUUCGACUCCGGCUCCUCCCCCCACCCCUCGCACUUCCAUCUCCUCACUUCGAGCUCGACCUCAACCCUAACUUCUCUCGACCUGCCCAUCUCCUCCCAAACCUCUCAAGACCUCGAAGCCUUCAAGGGAUUGAAGAGGCUGACGUUGACGCUGGCGGAGAGGUACAUCCGGCCUCUUCCUGGGUUGGUCGGGGGGAGGGAAGACGCGCAUUGUUUGAGGCGGGUCAAGCGCCUUCUUGCGCAUGCGGGGAGGUCAGGAGUCCCUCUGAGGACGUUGGAGAUCUACGAGCCUUCGUACGCUCUCACGAAGCCCUUCGCACCCUCGGUAUUCGAAGAGACAGACGUCCUCGCUGCGGUUCCGAAGGGCGUGGAGGAGUUGGACUUCGCGACGCUCGAUAUCGGGUGCUGGUACAUCAAGCGUGCGUUUGAGCGCGAGGGGGAGGACAAGGUUUGUGAGGGCGUGAGGUCGGUCAUUUUGGCGCGGGGGAAGAGGGAGGAAGAGGGCGCGGAGGAGAUGAGGAGUGUGUUGGGUCGGAGGGGGGUGAAGGUGCGUUGGGCUUAG